GAUUUUCGUGUUCUAAUCGAUGAGAUACAAAGUAAACCAAAAGUGUUAGAUGCUACAACUACACGACUAGAAUUACUCAAUGACAUCCAAAAGGUACGAGAUGGUCUGGCGAUUUGUGAAAAGGCUUUAGCUGAUUAUCUAGAGACAAAACGUCUAGCCUUUCCAAGAUUUUAUUUUGUCUCACAGAAUGAUGUGACUGAUAUUGUUAGCAAUGGAAAAGUCCCGCUGAAAGUGAUACGUCAUUUAUCAAAAUUAUUUGAUAGUAUUUGUAGUCUAACAUUUGCCAAUCCUGAAGCUACAAUUAAACAUGCUACGCAUAUGAUUGCUAAAGAUAGUGAAGUAGUGAAAUUCACAAAAUCAUUUGAUUUACAAGGUCAAGUUGAAGAAUGGUUAAAUAAACUGUUAGAUGAAAUGCGCAACACUCUGCGUCACAUUCUUGCAGAUGCAGUCAGUGCUUAUGAAGAGAAACCAAGAGAUCAAUGGAUAUUUGACUAUCCGGCGCAGAUAGCUUUAACCGGUUCACAAAUCGGUUGGAAUAGUGAAGUGUUGAUUGCAUUUGCUCGACUAGAAGAAGGCUUAGAGAAUGCAAUGAAAGAGUAUAAUAGAAAACAAAUUGCCCAACUGAGUACAUUAAUACAAAUGCUAUUAAUUGAUCUAUGGGAUGAUAAAUCACACGAUUGUUUUGCUAAUAUCUGUGAUGCACAAUUUCGUUAUGCUUAUGAAUAUUUAGGCAAUACACCAAGACUGGUCAUUACACCGUUAACUGAUCGAUGUUAUAUCACACUGACACAAUCACUGCAUUUAUGUAUGAGUGGUGCACCUGCUGGACCAGCUGGCACGGGGAAAACAGAGACAACAAAAGAUUUAGGCCGUGCACUAGGCAUUAUGGUCUAUGUGUUCAAUUGUUCUGAACAAAUGGAUUACAAGUCAAUUGGUAAUAUUUACAAGGGAUUAGCACAGACUGGUGCAUGGGGAUGUUUUGAUGAAUUCAAUCGGAUAGCAGUGGAAGUUUUAUCUGUUGUCGCUGUACAAGUGAAAUGUAUUCAAGAUGCAAUCCGGUUGAAGAAGGAGAAAUUCAAUUUUCUUGGUGAAGUAAUACCACUUGAUCCAGCUGUUGGUCUUUUCAUUACAAUGAAUCCAGGUUAUGCUGGUCGAACAGAACUGCCUGAGAAUUUAAAGGCAUUGUUUAGACCAUGUGCUAUGGUAGUGCCAGAUUUUGAAUUGAUUUGUGAAAUUAUGCUUGUAGCUCAAGGAUUUCUAGAGGCAACUAUAUUGGCGCGUAAAUUUAUUACACUAUAUGAAUUAUGCAAAGAAUUACUUUCGAAACAAGAUCAUUAUGAUUGGGGUUUAAGAGCUAUUAAAUCAGUGUUGGUUGUAGCUGGUGCAUUGAAACGUGGUAAUCCUGAACACACUGAAGAUUCCGUGUUAAUGCGUGCUCUACGAGAUUUCAACAUACCUAAAUUAGUCACUGAAGAUAUGGCUGUAUUUUUAGGUCUUAUAUCUGACUUGUUUCCAAAUUUAGAUGCAUCGCGUAAACGUGAUUUAAAUUUUGAAGCAAAUGUAAAAGCAGCUACUGAAGAUUUAGGCUUACAACCAGAGGAUUCAUUUAUCUUGAAGGUUGUUCAAUUACAAGAACUUUUUGAAGUUAGACAUUCUGUAUUUAUUGUUGGCAAUGCUGGAACGGGUAAAUCACAAGUAUGGAAAACACUUAAGCAUACAUUUAAACUGCAAAAACAGAAACCUGUCGCUAUUGAUUUAGACCCAAAAGCAGUAACAAAUGAUGAGUUAUUCGGUGUUAUCAAUCCAGCAACACGUGAAUGGAAAGAUGGUUUAUUUUCUGUUAUAAUGAGAGAUUUAGCCAAUAUGACAGGGAAAGAUCCAAAAUGGAUUGUACUUGACGGAGAUAUUGAUCCAAUGUGGAUUGAAUCAUUGAAUACUGUUAUGGAUGAUAAUAAGGUGUUAACAUUAGCCAGUAAUGAGCGUAUCCCGUUAACGGAUAGUAUGAGAUUACUAUUUGAAAUUAGUCAUUUGAAGACAGCUACACCAGCGACUGUAUCACGUGCUGGUAUCCUAUACAUUAAUCCAGGAGAUUUAGGCUGGACACCAUUUGUACACAGUUGGUUAGAUGAUCGAGUGAAAAUGAAGAAAACUCUAUCGAUUAGUGAAAGACCUGCACUGUCAAUCUGUUUUGACAAGUAUGUUUCACCAUGCCUUGAAAUUGUUCGUUAUCGAAUGAAACGUAUUACACCGAUACCUGAUUUAGCUCAUAUUGAAAUGUUAUGCUAUCUACUUGAAUGUAUAUUGGAUAUACAAAGUAAAUCAAAAGAUACACGUGAAUUUACUAAAGAAAAUUAUGAAAUGCUAUUUGUCUUCUGUUGUGUUUGGUCAUUUGGUGGAUGUUUAUUUAAAGAUCAAUUGUGUGAUUAUCGUGUUGAAUUUUCAAAAUGGUGGCUGAAUGAAUUUAAACAAGUGAAAUUUCCAUCCGGUGGUACUAUAUUCGACUUUUUUUGGAGUUUAACAACACGAAAAUUUGAAAGUUGGUCAACACGUUUAACAAAAUGUGAACUAGAUCCAGAUAUACCAUUACAAGCUGCUUUAGUUCCCACAGUGGAAGUUGUCCGAUUACGUUUCUUCUUAGAUCUACUCAUUGAAGCUGGACAUCCUGUUAUGUUGGUUGGUUCAGCUGGAACUGGGAAAUCUGUUAUCCUACAGGAUAAAUUUUCAAGUUUAUCUGAAGAAUAUCUUGUGAAGAGUAUACCAUUCAAUUUUUAUACAACAAGUUUAAUGUUACAAGAAGUGUUGGAUAAAAGUUUAGAGAAAAAAGCUGGUAUGAAUUAUGGUCCACCAGGACAGCAUAGACUCCUUUAUUUCAUUGAUGAUUUAAAUAUGCCAGAGGUUGAUCAAUAUUUCACAGUUCAACCACAUACACUUAUUCGUCAACAUAUAGAUCAUAAACAUUUUUAUGAUAGACAAAAGUUAACCCUAAAAAAAGUGAGUAAAACUCAAUAUGUAGCUGCUAUGAAUCCAACAGCUGGUAGUUUUACAAUCACAUCACGACUGCAGCGUCAUUUUUCAGUAUUUGCUCUAAGUUUUCCUGAUGAGAAUGCUGUGAAAACAAUCUAUUCAACGAUAUUAAAGCAACAUUAUAUACGGAAUAGUUUUCCAUCCGCAGUAAUACGUGCAGUUGAUAGUCUAGUUGAAGCCUGUAUGAUUGCACAUGAUAAAAUAUCAGCUGUAUUCUUGCCAACAGCUAUUCGUUUUCAUUAUUUAUUUAAUUUACGUGAUUUAACGAAUAUAUUUCAGUGUCUUCUGUUUGCUCAACCUGAUGUCUUCCCGACUGUAAUCUCUGUUAUCCGACAAUAUCGUCAUGAAGCGAUCCGUGUUUACACUGACAAAAUGAUUGAUAUGAAUGAUGUUGAAACAGCUUUGAAACAUAUCACAUUUGGUAUUACUAAUCAAUUCCCUGAUAUAUCAAUUCAUCAGAUAACAAGUGAACCUCUCCUGUAUUGUAGUUUCAAUAAAGGUUUAUCCGCUGAACGACAAUACGGGCCUGUAGCCUCCCUGGAAGAAAUUAGUGAUAUUGUUGUUAAUGCAUUGAACAAUUACAAUGAUACAUUUGCUGUUAUGAAUUUAGUAUUAUUUAGUGAUGCUGUGAUACAUGUGUUAAGAAUUUGUCGAAUAUUAGAAAUGCCGAGGGGUAGUGCUUUACUCAUUGGAAUCGGUGGUUCUGGUAAACAGUCGCUAUCACGUUUAGCUGCAUUUAUCUCAGGAUUUUAUUUAUCACAAAUAGUUUUGCGUAAGGGCUACUCACAGAAUGAUUUAAGAGCACAUCUUGCCCAAUUGUAUAUUAAAGCAUCAUUGAAGAAUAUGCCGUAUGUAUUUUUAAUGACUGAUGCACAGGUUGCAGAUGAACGCUUUCUCGUCUAUGUGAAUGAUUUCUUAGCCUCAGGUGAAAUACCAAAUCUUUUUCAAGAUGAAGAUUUUGAUCAGAUUAUACAAGGUAUUCGAUCAGAAGUUAAAGCAAUGGGAAUUAUUGAUACAAAUGAAAAUUGUUGGAAAUACUUUAUAGAUAAGACACGAAAAAUGUUACGUGUUAUUUUAUGCUUCUCUCCGGUUGGUGAUAAACUUCGUCUAAGAGCAAGACGUUUCCCAGCCCUGGUUAAUUGUACAUGUAUUGAUUGGUUCCAUGAAUGGCCACAAGAAGCCUUACUGUCUGUUUCAGAAAGAUUCUUAGAAGAUUGUCCAGGUUUAUCAGAUGAAGUACGCAAAUCUGUUAGCCAAUACAUGGCAUACGCUCAUACAACAGUCAAUGAAUUAAGUCAACAAUACCUCCAGAAAGAACGACGUCAUAACUAUACAACACCAAAAUCAUUUCUAGAACAAAUUAGUCUAUACAAACGUAUGGUUGGUGCACAGAUCGAUGAGCUACAACACAAGAUUGAACGUUUAGUCAAUGGUUUAGAACGACUAAAAAGUGCUGGUGAACAAACGAGUGAAUUAAAAGUUCAACUGGCUGAACAAGAAAUUAUUGUCAAUGAAAAAACUGAAAAUGCCAAUAAACUAAUUAUUGUUGUUGGUAAAGAAACUGAAAAGGUGACAGCUGAAAAAGAAAUUGCCGCUGAAGAAGAAGCAAAAGUCAGUGUUAUUAAAGCAGAAGUUGAAGUGAAACAACAAGAGUGUGAAAAUGAUCUGCGUAAAGCAGAACCAGCAUUGAUUGCCGCCCAAGAAGCCUUGAAUACACUGAAUAAAAAUAACUUGUCUGAAUUGAAGGCAUUGACUAGUCCACCACCAGAUGUUGUGACUGUUUGUUCCGCUGUCAUGUGUUUAUUCGCCAUGGAUGGUCGACUGCCAAAGGAUAGAAGUUGGAAAGCUGCUAAAGCUGGUAUCAUGUCUAAAGCGGAUCAAUUUUUAAGUAAUCUCUUAAAUUACGACAAGGAGAAUAUGUCAGCGAAUAGUAAGGCUGCAGCUUCAGAGUAUGUUAAAAUGCCAAAUUUCGAUCCUGAUGUAAUUCGGACUAAAUCGUUGGCUGCUGCUGGUCUCUGUUCAUGGGUAAUCAAUAUCCUGAAAUUUCAUGAUGUCUACUGUGAAGUAAAACCGAAACGUGAUGCCUUGGAUGCAGCCAACGAAGAAUUACGUCAAGCUACGGAGAAACUUGAAGGUUUACAAAAGAAAAUCGCUGUGCUUGAAGCAUCGUUAGCUGAGUUAACAGCCAACUUCCGCGAGGCUACUGAAGAAAAGUUACGCUGUCAACAAGAAGCUGAUUUUACGGCUAAAACAUUAGAUUUAGCCAAUCGAUUGGUGAAUGGUUUUGCCUCAGAAAAUAUAAGAUGGGCAAAUCAAGUUGAAGAAUUAAAGGUACUCGGUGAGACAGUUGUCGGAGAUGUUUUAAUAACAACAAGUUUUAUCUCUUAUUUUGGUUAUUUAAGUCGAACAUUUCGUCAACAGCUGUUGAAUGUUAAAUUGUGGCCAUUUCUGAAAAGUCUCCAGGUACCAAUACCUGUACGUAAUGGAAUAGAUCCUUUAGAUAUGCUGAUUGAUGAUGCAAUCAUUGCAACAUGGAAUAAUCAAUCUUUACCAGAGGAUCGUAUGUCUAUUGAAAAUGCUACAAUAUUUACAUUUUGUGAACGUUGGCCAUUGUGUGUUGAUCCCCAGUUACAAGCGAUUAAAUGGAUCAAGGUUAAAUAUGGCAAUGAAUUAGUCGUUACACGGCUUGGCGCUAAAAAUUGUUUAGAACAAAUUGAAUUAGCUAUUACAGAUGGACGUGUUGUAUUAAUUGAAAAUAUCGGUGAGACUAUUGAUCCUAUUCUAGAUCCUGUAAUUGGACGGCAGACAAUUAAAAAAGGUCGAUUUAUCCUACUGGGUGAUAAAGAAAUCCCAUACAAUGCUAAUUUCCGUUUAAUUCUACAAACAAAACUAGCCAAUCCACAUUAUCAACCAGAAUUACAAGCACAAGCCACACUGAUCAACUUCACAGUAACACGUGAUGGUUUAGAAGAUCAAUUGUUAGCAACAGUUGUGAGUAAAGAACGUCCAGAUUUAGAAAAGUUAAAAUCUAAUCUAACAAAACAACAAAAUGAAUUUAAGAUCACAUUGAAACAACUUGAGGAUUCUCUACUGGCCAAGUUAUCUUCAUCCGAUGGGAAUUUUCUUGGUGAUCAUUCUUUGGUUGAAAAUUUAGAGACAAAUAAAAAGACAGCUAAAGAUAUUGAAGAAAAAGUGAAAGAAUCGAAGAUAACCGAGAAAGAGAUCAAUAUUGCUCGUGAACACUAUCGACCAGCUGCUCAACGUGCUGCUCUGAUCUAUUUUGUUAUGAAUGAUUUAUGCCAGAUACAUCCAAUGUAUCAAUUCUCAUUGAAAGCCUUCCGUACUGUCUUUGAAUUGUCGAUUGAGACUGCAGAACAAUCAGAUAAUGAUAAAGAACGCUUAUUAUUCCUCUUAGAUAAUAUCACAUAUUCAAUAUUUAUUUAUACAACUCGCGGUUUAUUUGAACGCGAUAAAUUAGUCUUCACUGUCUUAAUGGUGUUACAAAUUCAGUAUACAUCCAAAGAAAUACCACCAAUUCUAAUGGAUUUUCUGCUGAGAUAUCCCGUCGUUACAGAUGUACAAAGUCCUGUUGACUUUUUAAAUGACUUGAAUUGGGGUGGUGUACAAACUCUAGUGAAAAUGAAUAAUUUUCGUGACUUGGACAAAGAUAUUAUCGCUUCAGCAAAACGUUGGAAAGAAACACUUGAACGUUGUACAAAAGAAGCAGAAUUCAAACCAAUUUUAUUUGCUCUAUGUUAUUUUCAUGCCGUGGUUACCGAACGUAGUAAAUUUGGUUCACAAGGUUGGAAUCGUACAUAUCCAUUCAAUGUUGGAGAUUUGUGUAUUUGUUUAGAUGUAUUAUAUAAUUAUUUAGAAGCAAAUAAUAAAGUACCAUGGGAAGAUUUGAGAUAUUUAUUUGGUGAAAUUAUGUAUGGUGGGCAUAUAACUGAUGAUUGGGAUAGACGAUUAUGUAGAACAUUUUUACAAGAAUAUUUACAACCUGAUUUAGUUGAUGGUGAUCUCUAUCUAUCGCCUGGAUUUCUUGUCCCACCAAAUUCAGACUAUGCUGGUUAUCAUGCCUAUAUUGAUAAGUAUUUACCGCCUGAAUCGCCUUACCUAUACGGUUUACAUCCAAAUGCAGAGAUUGAAUUUUUAACGAAAUCAGCUGAACGUGUAUUCCGUGUUGUCCUUGAACUGCAACCACGUGACAGUGGAACGGAUGUCAGUGAUGCACCAAGUCGUGAAGAAACAUUGAAUAGUCUUAUAGAAGAUUUACUAGAUCGUCUAUCGGAUGGAUUUCCUAUGAAUGAAUUGUAUGCUAGACAAGCACCAGAGGAGCGUGGUCCAUACACUGUAGUUGUAUUACAAGAAUGUGAACGAAUGAAUAUUUUAAUUAAUGAAAUCCGUCGAUCACUUCGUGAAUUACGUUUGGGUUUACGUGGAGAGUUGACAAUCUCUGGUGCAAUGGAUUCACUGAUGAAUGCAUUAUUUUUAGAUCAGGUACCAUCAACCUGGGAACGUUAUGCCUAUCCUAGUCUCUAUCCACUUGGAUUAUGGUUUGCUGAUUUGUCAAAUCGAUGUAAAGAAUUAGAUAUAUGGGCACAAGAUUUAGGCCUGCCAGGCUCUGUAUGGCUUGGUGGUUUGUUUAAUCCACAAUCAUUUUUAACGGCUGUUAUGCAACAGACAGCAAGAAAAAUGGAAUGGCCAUUGGACAAGAUUUGUAUCAGUGUUGAAGUUACAAAAAAGACAAAAGAAGAAAUGGGUUCGGCACCAAGAGAAGGUGCCUAUGUGCAUGGAUUAUUUAUUGAAGGUGCUAGAUGGGAUACAAGUGCUAAUUCAAUUGUUGAUGCUAGAAUCAAAGAACUGGCACCAGCAAUGCCUGUUAUCCUGCUUAGAGCUGUACCAUCGGAUAGACAAGAAGGUCGAAUAGCAGCUAUGUAUGCCUGUCCUGUGUAUAAGACGAAGACAAGAGGACCAACAUUUGUAUGGACAUUUCAUUUACGUACAAAAGAGAAACCGGCUAAAUGGAUUAUGGGUGGUGUUGCACUACUUUUACAAGUAUAA